AAGUAGGUAGUAUAGUACCGUACCUACCGUAGUCAUUUAAUUGUUUAUGAAGCUUAUGAAGCUAGUUGGACGUCUUUGUUUUUGAUUUCGAUAUAAUGCUAUUUAACAGUGGCCCUAACGAUCUAUCUGAAACUAUGAUUUCUUCACCACUUUCACUUAAAUCGAGUGAAUCCUGGAGGAUUUCUUGAAGAAACCAUUAGACAUUAAUUUAUUUUAAGAUUAAAAUAAUUAAAAACGAAUAUUGUAUCUUUUCAAUAAUUAUGUAUUUUGUUGCCUUCUGAAUUAUGUCAUCAAUUUAUAUUUUUACUUGAGGCAAUCUUAUCAUUUCUGCUCAAGAUAAUAAUACCAUUUAGUAUUGAAUUGUCUAGUAGUUUGCUUGUUAUACUUGUUAAAUUAAAUAUAUAUUGUCUUAUUCAUUUUCAUUAAAUUGCUAUUUGAAUUAAGUUAUAAAUAUGGCUUCUAGUGACCCUGAAAUUAAAGAUGGAUUUACACUUCCUGUAUGGAUGAAGACAAAACCAACAAAAGAAUUUGAACCGUUCGCCGGAUCGCCGCCCCCACCGGAAGAUUCAUUCUUCUACAUACGCUACCCUAAAUCGGAUAUAUUAUUUGGUAAACCCACGAAUAGUCAAGACGCGCUUGUGAACGAAACGAAGGAAGUGACCGCUGCCUCGGCAUUCAACGUCGUCAAGGAGAAAGACUGGUCGAAACACACCAAGCCGUGCCAAGAUGUGCUCCACGGCAUCGCGCCAAUCAACACCGCAGUGAACUCUGUUACGAAACCGAAGCCAGCCGGUACGGAUGACGGCUUCAAAGGCGAAGGAGCGGCGUGUGGUACUUCUGUAGUGAAGGUCGCACAUCAGAUGAUAUCUUCUCGGUCUCCGCGCGGGUUCACGGUGGCGUCGCCGUCAGAGGACGCCACCGCUCCGGACCCCCAGCACUACAAUCUGAUGGCGCGUCGAGGUAGCAAGAGUCUCCCCGCCACGCCGGCACACUCGCCCCAUUCCAGUCCCACCACCAGGAGGAAGAAGAAUGGCAACCGUUACUUCACAUCGCCAUUCGAGCCAACAGAAGACCCGUCUAACCGAUCGUGGUUAUCGAUAGCUCUGCUUGGCUUCAAGAAGGAGCUUGCUACUUCAACUUCCACGUUAGCUGAAGAAGACUUGUUGGAACUGAGAUCACAAGCGGGCAGCUUGGCGGAGUCAGUGGAGAGCCUCGGUCCGGCUCCGAAGAACAAAGCACCCGAGAAUCCCCACCAGCAGCACGCGUCUCCAACGAAAACAAAACCGAAUCAUUCCUUCCUCCCGAAACCGUCUGAAUUGCGCGAAAUGAACUUCUGGUCGCCAACGUCAAUGUGAAAUCGUACCAAAGAGAUACGCGUUGUGUUUGUUCCAAAUAUUCACCCGUGUAACUCUUAGUUGUACUGAACGUACUUACAGUAUACGGAUUUCGGUCGCGAGGCAAUAGUGCAAAGGGUAGUGCAGUUGUUCUAAUUUGAUUGAGGCUUGGACCACAUGCCUCAUUAGACGAUGGCAUUCAAGUUCUAUUGUUUAGAAGUGCAGUUUGGCCGUAAACUCAUUUGCCUGUUAAUACAA